AUGUAUGAAGAAAACAAGAAUGACUUAAUUCGAGAUGAAGUAGAUAACAUUUCCGAUACUUCCAGUAACUCUACCAUCUUCCAAGCAGGUUUAACAGACAAAGAAAUAUCCGAGAGCGUUGAUGCAAUUAUUGAGAAGAAUCAAAGUUUGAUUCCUCAUAAAGAAUUAAUUUAUCGAGGUGCAGUACUUGCCAAUGAUGGAGGUAAUGUUCUCCAGGAACACCAACACCACUAUACUAAUACCGAAGUUGAUCAACUUGUGUUCGAGUCAAAACACUCAAUAAGAGCACAAUCAUGGACCAUGUUUUUGGUGGCACUUUCAGCUUGUCUUUCAGCUGUCAACUUUGGCCACGACGAAUCGGCAGUAAGUGGAGCUCAAUUGGAUUAUAUUAAAUUGUUCCAUAUCACCAAUGCAAAUAUUCAAGGCACGGUAAAUGCAGCGCCUUAUUUAGCUGCAGGGACCUUAGGAAUUGGUUUCGCCAUUCUCUUAGAUAAAUAUAUUGGCCGGAAAUGGAUUAUUUUCAUCUCUUGUAUUUUUGGAGUUGGAGGAUCUUUGUGGCAAGCUUUCAGUCAAUCAAUGGGUUCUUUAUUAGCUGCUAGAUUGUUUCUUGGAGUCGGUAUGGGUUUGAAUUCUUCCGCUGUUCCUUUGUUAAUCGCCGAAGCUGCUCCAGCAAAGUCUCGAGGCUCCUUUUUAAUGUUGUGGCAAACAUUUGUUGCAUUUGGAGUUAUGCUUGGAAGUGUGUUUAAUCGAGCCUUUGUUGAUGUGGAACAAAUAGGUUGGAGAUUGAUGAUUGGAGCUUCCUUUGUCGCUCCUAUUUUAACUGCUGCCCUCGUGGUUUUUAUUCCCGAAUCUCCUCGUUAUUUGCUUUCUAUUCAUAAGGAUGAGCAGGCAUUAAUAUCCCUCGUCAAAUUGCGUAAUAGUGAGCUUGCUGGUUCAAGAGAUUUCUUUGUUUUAUAUAAUUCCUUGAAGAGAUCAGAUGAGAUCGAGAAGAUCCCAAUCACUUCCCAAAUUAGCCUUUUCUUUAACAAUGGAAGAGUGAAAUAUGCGUUCUUAGUAUCAGCUUUUAACAUGAUUAUGCAACAAUACUGUGGUGUAAAUAUCCUUGUGGGUUAUACAACAACAAUUUUAGUGGGUUCUGGUGUGGAUCCAAAAACCGCCAUAGCUGGAAGUAUCGGAAUUGGUGGAGGAUGUUUUGUAGCUACAUUCUUUUCUUCUCAAUGCAUUGAUCGAUUCGGAAGAAGAAGAAUGCUACUCUUGACUUUCCCUUUUCUUUCGGGGUGUCUUUUUUGGCUCGGUGGUUCAUUAUACAUUUUUGACGAUACUUCCCGUUUAGGCUCAGGCUUAACUGCCAUGUAUAUGUUUGUUAUUUUCUUUGGGCUAGGAAUUGGUCCAAUCAGUUGGACAUAUAAUGCGGAGGUUUAUCCAUUAAACGUUAGAGUAUUGGGGGUAGCUAUUGGUAUGGCUAUCAAUUGGAUUCUAGAUUUUGUCUUAAGUAUGACCUGGCCAAAAAUGGCUGAAACCAUGAGUGCAAGCGGCGGUCUUUUCUUCUAUGCUUCGUUUAACUUAUUUGCAUUCUUCUUUACUUAUUUCUUAAUUCCAGAAACAAAAGAAUUAACUUUAGAAGAGUUAGAUAACGUUUUCUCUCAAAGUCCUUUGAAAUUUGCAAAAACGAAAGCUUUGCGAUUCUUUAAAAGGAACUGA